UGAAAACGUUCCAAUGCUAAUAAGAGAAAACAACGGAAAAUCGAAAUGGGUAAAGAAUGAGAAGUUAGUUCGGGGAAAAGCCUUGCAUUUUCAUCGCAACCGACACAAAGCAGCAUGAUAACGUAGCAUUUUUCCCCUUUUGUUUAAACUCGAAAGAACGAAUAAGAAAAGUUUGGGCAGUUUGGGGUAGCUAAAGUAUGGCGCGAGAGUUUGGAGAAUCUGGAGGGGUCGAACGGUCUAAAGUAAAGAAGCGGAGCAAAAAGAAAAGCAAGAAAGAAUAUAAAACCAGGACAGUGUACUCAAACAUAUUAUACGAUCAUCCCAAAGGACACGAUAACCCGAACAGACACUACGCAGACAAUAAGAUUAAAACGACCAAAUAUACGCUGCUUUCUUUUCUACCGAAGAAUCUUUUCGAACAGUUCCACAGAUUUGCCAACGUGUAUUUUGUUUUCAUCGCUUUACUGAACUUUGUGCCUGUUGUCAAUGCUUUCCAGCCGGAACUAGCGUUGGCUCCGGUGGUUUUUAUACUGUCAGUUACCGCUAUCAAGGAUCUAUGGGAAGAUUACAGAAGACACCGGUCGGAUAAAGAAAUAAAUCACAUGGAUUGUCUGGUUUACAGCAGGAAUGAGAGGAGGUACAUAGAGAAGUACUGGAAAGAGGUCCAUGUGGGAGACUUCAUCCGCUUGCGGUGUAAUGAGAUCCUUCCUGCCGAUGUCCUGCUGCUGAGCUCGAGCGACCCGGAUCGCCUAUGCCACAUCGAGACCGCCACGCUGGACGGGGAGACCAACCUAAAGCAGAGGCAGGUGGUGCGCAGCUUCAUCGACCAGGAUUGCGACUUUGACCCCUCAAAAUACAACAGCAUCAUAGAAUGUGAAAAGCCAAAUAAUGACCUGAACAGGUUUCGUGGUUACAUAAUUCAUCAGAAUGGGAGAAGAGAGGGACUGUAUAAAGACAACCUGCUGCUCAGAGGCUGCACUGUCAGGAACACUGAAGAGGCUGUAGGAAUUGUCAUUUACGCAGGUCAUGAGACUAAAGCCAUGCUGAACAACAAUGGCCCGCGGUACAAGCGCAGCAAGCUGGAGAGGCAGAUGAACGUGGACGUGUUCUGGUGUGUCAUCAUCCUGCUCGUCAUGUGUCUGUUCUCAGCCAUUGGUCAUGGACUGUGGAUGUUCCAGUAUGGAGAUCAGAGGCCUGUCUUCGAUGUCCUGAGCCCAGAAGGAACUGACUUAUCACCAGCCCUGUCAGCGAUUUACCUCUUCCUUACCAUGAUUAUUGUCUUUCAGGUUUUGAUCCCCAUCUCCCUCUUUGUGUCAAUUGAAAUCGUUAAAAUCUGUCAAGUGUACUUCAUCCAUCAAGACACAGACCUUUACGACGAGGAGACCGACUCACAUCUACAGUGCCGUGCCCUCAACAUCACAGAGGACCUGGGCCAGAUGCAAUACAUUUUCUCAGACAAGACUGGAACCCUUACCGAAAACAAGAUGGUGUUCCGCCGUUGCACCGUGGCUGGGGUUGAAUAUUCUCAUGAUGCCAACGCGAGGAGGCUUGCCACAUACCAGGAGAUCGACUCCGAGGAGGAGGAGUGCACUUCCCAUGGGGACACCUUGCCACGUCGGGACAGCGUGACCAGCCACCAGAGCGGCAGGGUGGUGCUGCGCUCCCAGAGCACCAAGUCCCACCGCCGAACAGGCAGCCGAGCGGAGGCCAAGAGAGCAAGCAUACUGUCCAAGCACACAGCCUUCAGCAGCCCCAUGGAGAAAGACAUCACUCCUGACCCACAGCUUCUGGACAAGGUAAAUGACUGCAGCAGCCAGAUUGACUGCAUGCGGUAUGACAGCCAGCCCCUGAGUCAGCUGACCCCGGAGCUGUCUGACAUCAUCGACUUCUUCAUCGCGCUCACAAUCUGCAACACUGUGGUGGUCUCCUCCCCCAAUCAGCCCAGACAAAAGGUGCGGAUGAGGUUCGAGCUGAAGUCCCCCGUGAAGACCAUUGAGGACUUCAUUAAGCGCUUCACCCCCAGCCGGUUGACCUCCGGCUCCAACAGCAGCAGCUCCUCCAGCCUCGCCGCCAACCGCUCGGCCCAGAGGACCGGCUCCAGCGGGCUCCCCUCGCCCUGCGGCGAAAACACCCUCAUCAGGCUGAACGAGGAGCAGCACCCCACCCACCACGAGGGCCUGGAGAACGCCUUCAGCCCCGUGCCCCUGGAUAUGGAGGGGAAGACGUGCGAUGCCGAGGAGGGCGAGCUGCGGUAUGAGGCGGAGUCGCCCGACGAGGCCGCCCUGGUCUACGCCGCCAGGGCUUACAGGUGCUCUCUGGUGGGCCGUCUGCCAGACCAGGUGGCCGUGGAGCUGCCUCACCUGGGCAGGCUGCACUUUGAGCUCCUGCACACCUUGAGCUUUGACUCCACCAGGAAGCGCAUGUCGGUGGUGGUCAGGCACCCUUUGACGGACCAGAUCACCGUCUACACCAAAGGAGCCGACUCGGUCAUCAUGGACCUGAUCAGGCCUCCCUCCUCAGAUGACACCAAAGGUAAACGUCAGAGAAAAAUCCUGUAUAAAACACAGAAUUAUCUCAAUCUCUAUGCUGCAGAUGGCCUCAGGACACUUUGCAUUGCCAAAAAGAUUCUGAGUAAAGAAGAAUAUGCAGGCUGGCUGAAAAGCCACUUAGAGGCAGAAACUGCCAUUCAGGGAAGAGAAGAGCUGCUGUUUGAGUCUGCCUUAAGACUGGAAACAAACCUCCAUCUUUUAGGGGCCACUGGUAUUGAAGACAGGCUGCAGGACGGCGUGCCUGAAACCAUUGCAUCCCUGCGGAAAGCUGGGCUGCAGAUCUGGGUGCUGACUGGAGACAAGCAGGAGACAGCAAUCAACAUUGCUUACGCCUGCAGGCUACUGGAUCCUGAAGAGGAGAUCAUCACCCUCAAUGCAGAAACGCAGGAAGCGUGUGCUGUGCUGCUGGAAGAGAGUCUACACUACAUCCAGUCCAAAUUCCUCUGUAACUUCUCAGAGCACACUGCCAGGGCCUUCCGUGACGACUUUGCGGCCUUCGAGGUCCACCCCUCCUCCUCCUCCCCCGCCUCCACGCCCUCCGCCUCAUUGGUCCAUCGGCUAGGCCUGGUUAUUGAUGGGAGGACCUUGGCCUAUGCCCUGGACAAGAGCCUGGAGGACAAGUUCCUGGCGGUGGCACGUAGCUGCCGGUCUGUGCUGUGCUGCCGCUCGACACCCCUGCAGAAGAGCAUGGUGGUGAAGCUGGUGCGGAACAAGCUGAAGGUCAUGACCCUGGCCAUAGGUGAUGGGGCUAACGACGUCAGCAUGAUCCAGGUAGCCGAUGUGGGAGUCGGGAUCUCUGGACAGGAGGGCAUGCAGGCUGUGAUGGCCAGCGACUUCACCAUCCCACGGUUUCAGUACCUGCAGAAGCUUCUGCUGGUCCAUGGGCACUGGUGCUACUCCCGUCUGGCCAACAUGAUCCUCUAUUUCUUCUACAAGAAUGCUAUGUUUGUGGCCCUCAUCUUCUGGUAUCAGUUCUACUCUGGGUUCUCGGGAUCAGCCAUGAUUGACCAGUGGUAUCUUAUCUUCUUCAACCUGAUGUUCUCUGCAUUCCCUCAACUCAUCACUGGCACCCUGGACAAAGAUGUGUCGGCAGAGACCCUCCAAGACCUACCUCAACUCUAUAUGAAUGGGCAGAACUCAGAGGAAUACAAGCCAUACAUGUUCUGGAUGAAUAUGAUUGAUGCCUUCUACCAAAGCCUUGUCUGCUUCUUCAUUCCUUAUUUUGCCUAUGCAGACUCUGAUGUGGACUUGUUUACAUGGGGAACUCCCAUUACCACUCUGGCCCUCUUCACCAUCCUGCUGCAUCUGGGCAUUGAGACCAAAACAUGGACCUGGUUGAACUGGGCCUCGAUUGUCUUCAGUAUUACCCUGUUCUUCACUGUGGCUCUGUGUUAUAAUGCAUCCUGCCCCACCUGCUACUCGCCCUCCAACCCUUACUGGACCAUGCAGAGGCUGCUGGGAGAUCCACUGUUCUACCUGCUGUGUGUCAUCACUCCUGUGGUUGCCCUGCUGCCCAGAUAUUUCUACCGGGCGUGUCAGGGCUCUCUGUUCCCCAGUCCAGUUCAAGCAGGGCGGCAGCUGGACAAGCUCUCCCUAGAAUCCCGCAGGAGCAUCCUCAGCCAAGGGAACUUCAAAAUAGAGUCGCCGUUUGGUCCCAAGCUUCCCUCGUACUCUUUCUCCAGGCCCUUUCCAAAGGAUUACAAUCACAGGGCUGAAGAGUCCCACCCCUGCAAGAAGUGGGACAGUCCCAAAGGCCCAAAGCAAGUAAUAGACAGGGGACAGGUUUGCAGGCUGAGGUUGGACAAUCCGCCGCGGGCAACAGAAAAGAAGGAGGGGGGUCCCAACCAUAGUGCCCCUUCUGCCUCGGAGGCAAACACCCAGCCUGAAGAGCCUCCUGAGCCCGUGGAGGACAGCGUCCUACCCAACCCAGUCUUAAACCCUUCUGACUUGAGUCCUGUAAACUGGGUGACGUCUACCCCUCUUACCCAGCAAGACUGCGUGCCUUUGAUGGAAACACCUCCGAUUGGCCGCUCCCCUCCCAGCACCCCAAACAGACUGAACUGUGAGGAGGUGGAGGGGUGCAGACCACAGCUCUGCUCAGAAGCGGGCAGGCCAAACAGGGCCCACGCCUCAGACUCUACCAAAGAGGGCUCCCUAAAAACAACACUAUUGUGA